AUGGAAGAUACCUUUUUCCUGUGGGAGAUGCAACCUGAUGAAUUUGAAGUUCCUGUACUAAACCAAAGCGAUUUCACUGAAUACAGGAGACCCACCCAGGAAUUCCACCCCAACAAUCAUUCCAUCUCUCUGUCUAAUCCUUCCAACAUGAACAAGAGAAUGAUAGAGUUCUUGAGAGUGAUCUCAACUGGACGGAGCGAGAACAGAGAAUCUAAGAACGAUCGUUGUUACCGCCACAUGAUCAAUGAGCGUGCGAGGAGAGAUAAGCAGAGGCAGAAUUUUGAAGCUCUUCGUUCCAUGUUGCCCACUAAAAUCAAGAAUGAAAAAAUUUCCAUUGUUCAAGCGGCAACUUCGUAUUUGCAAGAUCUGGAGAAACUCAAGGUGGGGUUACAGAAGCGUAACAGUGAGCUUGAGGAGAGAUUAACAGCGAAGGAAUGUCAAAGUCUAGACACCACUAAAAAGAUCAGAUUACGGGUUUGUUGUCCAUCUUCUGCAAUCAAUUCAAUGCUUGGGGUACUUAGAUGCUUGAAGAGCAUGGACAUGGAAACGAGAACGAUCCAGUCACAGUUCUCUGCUCUUGAAUUUUCAGCGAUAUUGGAGAUUGAAACCCAGAUGGAGGCAGAGACAGUGGAAAAGGCCAUACAAAGCUCCCUAAUGGAGGCUGAGAGGAACCUGGCGAUUGGUUUCCUGGAAGGAGAGGAGGGGAAUUACAGCUCUGAGCAGUGGUAUUACACCUCAUGA